GCCCGGAUAUCGCUUAGUCUGCUGUCGGCGCCCCAACUGCCAAGUAUUCGCUGGUACUCGUGGAGCUCGAGAUCUCGCGCCUGGUCGCCUCGUGUUCUUCUUCUGCGUUCUGAUCGCCAACGCCGCGUAUGCGCGAUAUUGUUCCGAAGGAUAACAGAAAGUGUUUGUUUUAGUGUCUGUCCUUCGCCGGAUCCGUUUGUGCGUUCGUUUGUGCCGUGUGCUGUGUCGUGCCGCAAAUUAAUCACAGACGUCCAGUCAAUAUUUUUCGGUCCCCGAGAAAUCAAUUCAGCAGAAAGCACCCAAGAUGUCGGUCAGACUGAACGAGACGACGACGAUUGUCGACCGGAUGGUCAACUUCUUCGUGGAGCACGAGGACCUGCGCACCAAGCAAUGGUUCCUCUCGAACGCCCCCGGACCCCUGUUCAUGAUCCUGGGAGCCUACCUGUACUUCUGCCUCUACGCAGGACCUCGCUACAUGCGGGACCGCAAGCCCUUCGAGCUGAAGAACACCCUCCUGGUGUACAACGCUGUCCAGGUGCUCCUCAGCUGGGUGCUCUUCUACGAGGGAUACAAGGGCGGCUGGGGCGGUCACUACAACUUCAAGUGCCAGCCGGUGACCUACGAGUCCGAUCCCAUUUCCAUGAGGAUGGCUCGUGCCGUGUGGCUGUAUUAUAUCGCCAAGAUCACCGAGCUGCUGGACACCGUGUUCUUCGUGCUGCGCAAGAAGCAGCGCCAGAUCUCGUUCCUCCACCUGUACCACCACACCUUGAUGCCCGUGUGCGCCUUCAUCGGAGUGAAGUACUUCGCCGGGGGACACGGCACCCUGCUGGGAUUCAUCAACUCCUUCAUCCACAUCAUCAUGUACGCCUACUACCUGCUCUCCGCGAUGGGCCCCAAGGUGCAGAAGUACCUGUGGUGGAAGAAGUACAUCACCAUCCUGCAGAUUGUCCAAUUCCUGAUCAUCUUUGUGCACACGCUGCAGAUUCAGUUCCAGCCGAACUGCAACUUCCCCAAGUCCAUUGCCGCCCUGCUGACCUUCAACGCUGGCCUGUUCACCUACAUGUUCAGCGCCUUCUACGUGGCCAACUACAAGAAGGAGGCGGCUGCCCAGGCCAAGUUGGCGGCGAAAAAGGAGUAGAGAGUAGGAAGCGACGUUAGUUGGCGCUGCCUUAAGCUAUGCACCCUUACUUUUAUGGUCAUCCCUUCCUUCCCAAAUACCCUUCCCCUCCCGAUCCUCAACCCCACCUAUCCCCCUUAUCCAAACCCUAGGUAUACAUAGGUCAAGAAGGAUAUUAUACAAUCUGUAGUCGCGUAAGCUUGUUUCGUAGUAUUUUGUUAGUUCGAGGAGAGCGGCCCUUUUGUACUUUUGCUCGGAUCGAAUCAGUCGACCAGCCACUGCGGAGUGCGAGAGAUCGUUGCACUUUCUGUAUUGGGAUAGUGUAAUAGUACCAAAUAUUAUAGUUUAGUGAUUAGACCUUACCCUGCGGACUGUGAGAGUCGACGGCGAGUUUGGACAGGCGAAUGGCGAGCGAAGGUCGCUCAACUUUUGGACUUUUUGCCGCUCAGAACUGUCCCCUUGUCAUGCCCAAUUCUAUGAUGAAGUGUAAUUUUGUAUAUUUUAUUUGCAAGCAAUAAACAAACGAUUCUUAUGUAAA